AUGCUCCUCGGCCACCAGAACGCGAUUAUCGAUCGGCCGACGUUGUACACAUUCCACGGCGUGAUCAGCAGUACACAGGGCUUUACGAUCGGGUCUUCCCCGUGGGAUGCAUCUUGCAGAAAGAAGCGCAAGGCGGCGGGCACAGCGCUGGGACGUCCAGCACUCCGCAGCUACUACCCCAUGUUCGACCUGGAGAGUUACUCUAUUGUGCGAGACCUGCAUCGCGACAGUUGCGAUGGAGAGGUGGAGUUGAAUGUGCGCCCGUAUAUCCAGCGGUACGCGCUGAACACGACAUUGACCCUCUGCUAUGGGAUCCGAAUGGAUGCGGUAUACGACGAGCUUCUCCGCGAGAUAUUGUACGUUGGGUCUGCUAUCUCGCUGCUGCGCAGCGCCUCUGAGAAUCUCCAAGAUUAUAUCCCGCUUCUGCGAUACCUGCCCAACAACGAAAAGAACGCACGGUCAAAGAGCCUGCGCGAACGACGUGACAAGUACCUGGAUCUUCUUCUCGAUAAGGUGCGGGAUAUGAUCAAGAAGGGCACCGACAAGCCCUGCAUUUCCAGUGCAAUUCUGAAAGACGAGGAAACCAAGCUCAACGGAGUGGAAGUGUCGUCUAUCUGUCUUUCGCUAGUGUCGGGCGGUUUCGAGACCAUCCCCGGGACGCUCACCUCCGCCAUCGGGUCUCUAUCUACAAAGGAAGGUCAGGUGUGGCAAGACCGCGCGUACGAGGACAUCAAGCGUCAUUAUCCAGAUAUCCGAGACGCAUGGACGAGCUGCUUCGUGGAGGAGAAAGUACCGUACGUCAAUGCCAUUAUUAAGGAGGCAGGCAGAUACUACACUGUCAGCGCUAUGAGUCUCCCCAGGAAGACCGUCACCGAAGUCAACUGGAACGGCGCUAUCAUUCCCCAGAAGACGAUGGUUCUGAUCAAUGCUCAAGCCGGCAACCAUGAUGUCGACCACUUUGGUCCCGACGGCGGCAAGUUCGAUCCGGAAAGAUGGUUGAAGACGCUGGAUCCUCCGACUGAACGCGAAACAUCCGGACUGAAUCACUUGAGCUUUGGAGCUGGAUCCCGGGCGUGCUCGGGUCAGUAUAUCGCUUCCCGGCUCCUUUAUGCUGCUCUGGUCCGUAUUCUUUCAUCGUAUAAAAUUGUGGCCAGCGAAACAGAACCGCCAAAUACAGACUAUGUGGACUACAACCAGUUCAAGACAGCGUUGGUGGCGAUUCCUCGCGACUUCAAGGUCAAGCUCGUUCCUAGGGACCCCGGCAUGACCGCGGAGUGUCUGGAGACGGCCGAAUUACGAACAAGGGAGCAUUACAAGGAAUGA